UUCAAACACGCAUAUGUCUAUGGAAGCAACGUUUAACUGAGAGUUGAGGAGAAUUUUGCUAAUUAGAAUGGCGGAUAUAAGAGACGAAAGAGGAAACCCGAUCUACCUCGCGGACGAACAAGGCAAGCCAGCUCAGCUGGUGGACGAGUUUGGAAACGCGAUGCACCUGACAGGUGUUGCAACCACCGUCCCUCACCUGAAGGAGAGCAGCUACACCGGUCCACACCCAAUCACCGCCCCAAUCACGACCACCCAUACUCCUCACCACGCACAACCUAUCUCCGUGUCUCACAACCCUCUUGAAAACAAAGGCAUUUCUUCCUCCAACUCGAUGGACGAAUAUGGUCAAGGAUCACGACAAGGAGCUACUGUAACGGAUGAAACUAAAUCAAAGGUAGAGGGGCACGAUCGAUCAACUGCAACAGUGAGCGGAUCAGGAUCAGAAGAAGCUCACGAGAAGAAGGGGUUCCUUAACAAGAUUAAGGAGAAACUUUCCGGCAACCAUAACGAUCCGUAAAACUAUCAUCACUCUGUUUAUGAAACUGUAAAGUCACAAUUACAUUGUAUUAUUACAACUUUUGGGUUGCUUCUCUCUAGCUUGUGUGCAAAUAAAGUAGGGGUUUAUAUAUGAUCAUAUCCAAAGCCACGAGAUCUUCCAGUAGAACACAAAAAACAUGUUCUCCUAGCUUGUGUGCUUCUCUCUAGCUUGUGCACACAACCCAAAAGUUUAUAUAUGAUCAUAUCCAAAGCCACGAGAUCUUUUGUAAUUGUUCCGCAUGUUAUCUUUAAUUGGUAAAUUACAUGAUUUUGUUUUUC